UUUACAUCUGUUAUCUUCUUCUCCUUUGGGCGUGAAAUUAUUAAUCUAUACCAACUGUUAUUUUCUUCAUGUCUCUUUCUAAACCCUUGCUGCAACUACUCAAUUGUGCAAAUAAAAAUCAGAGUUCGAAAACAACGAACUCUAGAAGAUGUGACACUGAUGAUGCAUUAGGGUUUCUAAAGGCAGUAAAACUUGCAUUUAAAUAUGACAAGAAAAACUAUGAUCGAUUUAUAGAAGUCCUAAGAGAUUUCAGUGCUAAGAGAAUUCAGAAGAACCCUCUUCAAAUAAGUGGUCUCAAAGCAAAAGUCAAGAGCUUGUUUAAAGGACAUGUAGAUUUAGUUUCGGAAUUCAACAAAUUCAUGCCAAAGGAACAUCGAAUCACACUUCCGCGUGACACUGGGAAAAAUAAGAAGUUAGGAGAGAUCUGUCAACUUCCUUGGGAUGUGCUGGAUGUCAUUUCGCAAAAACUUGAUUUUGAGGAGCUCUUUCAAUUUUAUGGUGUAUGCAAGAAUUGGAGGACUUUUUAUAAAUCAAAUUUCUUGUCAUCUCAAGAACCAUUUCUUGUUGAGAUUUCGGGUUAUCCUCGCAGGGGACGACCAAAUUGCUUUAUUAGCCUACCCAAUAAAAAGGUUUAUAACUUGAAGAAGAUGAUGAGGAAGAUGGUGAGUUACUCCAAACUCACUCGCCCUAUGUAUGUUGGUUAUUCUAGUGGAUAUUUUAUUAUUAAAACUAAUUCAACAUGUCUCCUAAUCAAUCCAUUUACAAGGAUAAAGAAGGUAAUCAAUUCAUCACCAUUCUUUGGAUUUGAUAUCACCAUUGAUCAGUUGCAUGGCUUGCUUGCUUUUGAAAAAUGCUCUGAGGAAUUUGUGUUGUUGGUUUUAUGCAAAAAGCAUGGCAGUUUGUAUGGCUAUCAGUCUCGAAAUAAUGGUUGGGUUACUUAUUUCAGAAAAGGAAAGCGAGAGAUGAUUCAUGACAUUAUGGUUUUGAAUAACAUAAUAUAUGCUGUGACUAACAAGGGCAGAAUAGGUGUAGUCAGUUUAAAUUCGGCAAUUAUUAAAUUUCGAAAACUGAAGAAUACUCCCAAUAUAGUCACCUUUUCAAACCUUUACUUGGUUAACUAUGACGAGCAACUUUUAGUGGUUGGAUUAAAUCCUGUUAGAUUUGGCAGGCUUGACAGGGCAGUUUACAAGAUAGACUGGUUAACCAUGAGGUAUGUUGAAUUGAAAAGCUUGGGGGACAUUGCAUUAUUUCAUGUUAAGGGAAAAUGUUGUAAGUCAUUGAGCAACCCAAAUAGGUGGGGAUAUGAGAGUAACUCUGUGUAUGAAGUUGACUUUCAUUUUAACAAAUAUAGUGUGUAUAAUUGGGAUAAAGAAUGGGAUCAAAAAUAUAUGGAGUUUCCAAGGACAAGACGAGACUCAUUGCAAUCAUGGCUGAGUGAAUAUGAUUGGUGUUGUAAUCAAAAAUAUGAAGUAGAUUACUCUCUAGUUGAGUAACUUUAUAAUUGCUGUACUAAAGAUUUUUCUUGAUUUAUUGUUUUUUAAUGUUAGAUAUUAUUAAU